CCCCAAUCAGUGUGGCCCCCCACCUGUCUGUCUUUAUUAGCGGCUGUCCGCCGGGCAGCAUGGCUGCUCUCUCUCUCUCUCUCUCUCUCUCUGCUCCAGGCCUCCGCCGACCACCGUGGAUAAGUAGCUGCAGCGGCCCGGCUCAGGAACUCUGUCUCCGGCUGUGAAACAUGGCCAGGACCGGUUUCUGCGACUCCAAGCCUCUGCUGGACUUACACAAGAAGGCGGAUGAGAGGCGAGCCCCAUUAAGAACCUGGUCUACUAACACCUGUGGGCCUAUAGAUCGCUGGCAGCCUGUGGAAGUAGACGAGUCCACGAUGGUCCCUGUCAAAGUGGAGCCAGAACGCAGAUGGGAAAGGAGGUUAUCAACGCAAACAAGCGAAGGCAUCAUCAUGGGGUUUCAUGAAGACAGUUUAACACACUCAGCUGCAGAUGGGUGUGUGGAGGAGCCGGUGCUUCUGUACCCUCAUGGGCUGCAGGGUCUACACAGCCUUCAGGCACUGGUGCCCAGCCUGCUGCGCCUUGAAGUGGAGGCAGCGCUGGAGAAACUGGACCUCAUAUGGGACCGGGAGUACGCCUGGGACAUGUUCCUGGAUAUGAUGAGAACUCAAACACAAAACUCUUUUCCCAACGCCGACCUGCCCCGGCAUUUUACUGACGCCACUCGUGCUGUCCUGGUGGACUGGCUCAUUCAAGUACAUGAGAUGAUGCAUUUUCAGGAAGAGACCCUCUAUCUGGCCAUGCACCUCCUCAACCGCUCCCUGCGUCAGAUCAAGGUGACCACAGUCAACCUGCAGCUCCUUGGCAUGGUUUGCCUCUUCCUGGCUGCAAAGAAGGAAGAGUGUCUACUCCCUGAGGUGUCUGGACUCUGCUACUUGAUGGACCACACCUACACGAAGCAUCAGCUGCUGCGAAUGGAGCGCAAAGUCCUCUUGGGGCUCAACUUCGAUCUGUCCUACUGUCCCCCUCUGCAUUUCCUCCUCCUCCUCGCCUCCAUUGCUCGCUGCAGUGCUAAGGCUGUGUGGAUGGCUCGCUAUCUGCUGGAGCUGUCUCUCCUGGAGGGCCAGUGUGUGGUGUUUCUGCCCUUGCAGCUGGCGGGAGCGGCCCUCUGCGUGUCCCGCCAAAUCCUGCAGGAGCCCCCAACACCAGAAGGGGAGGCUGCAUGGUGUUUGGCCUCCAGCGUCCAUGUUGGCAGUGAGACUGCCCUACUGAGGAUCAUGCAGAUUCUGGCCAGUGCUGCAGCCAAGGCCCACACCCGAGAGACUUGCGCCACUUUUAUUAAAUUCUCCUCCCCAGAGACCAUGCAGGUCAGCAGGCACCCGGGUCUAAAGAACGCCGCUGGUCUGCUGGGUGUAUGCACUUGACAAUUCUGACCCCCAGAAACGUAAUUAUAUGCCGAAGCCUCAAGGUAGAGAUGCUAGACCAGUAUCACCUGAGGACUCCUGUGCGGUCCAAGCCUCUGACCAAGGCUGUAUAUUCUUUGCUGUGGAUCCUGAGGAGUUGCCAUAGAAAUGGGUGAGGAAGAAGUGUGGAAAAUAUUGAUGUCAAACAUGGUUUGACAAAGGAAUGAUUUAGCCAACCCAGUAGCACACCUGUUUUAUGAUCUUAUCUAGCAGCUGAUAUAGAAAAUAUUUGAAUUGUAUUGAUGUGUCCUUGUCUUGUCAUUUUGUGAAGAGGAUGUGGGCUGUCUAUCAAGUUAUUUUGAAAAGUUUUAAUGUAAAAAUAAAGUGUCUGCUGCCAUG